AUGAGGCCCUUCCUACACCCUACCGUCUCCCGACUUCGCUCUACUACGCCCCAGGCUUCACGGACCUCAUCGGUUACAAGUGUCGGAACGAUUGACUCCAAGCUCGGCAUUUCCACGCCCGCAUCUCAUUUCUCAGCUCUCUCGCCUACCUCGUCCCAAUCCAAUCUCCCGGAGGCUCCUACGCAUGCUCACGACGCGCCUUCCCAGGAUGAACGCGAGGUGUUCCGAUGGUCGCAGCUGCGGAACAUCACCGAGCUUCUAUACCAGAAACAUGGGCAGAAGAUCGCUAACCUCAUAGGUGCACCGAAUUUUGGUUCCCCUACCGUCCUAGCGGCGAACGGCCUGAUAUGCGUUGGAACCAAUUCCGGAAGGAUACUUGUUUUCGACUUCAAGCAGAACUUGAAAUGCAUCUGUGGCUCCUCAGAGCACAAUAUUGGCGCUGUCACGGCUCUUACUCUCUCCUAUGACCAUACGUACGUGGCGUCAGGACAUGCCUCUGGACACAUCCAGCUCUUCGACUUGAACAACCCGAAGGCGCCUGCACGCUUCGUUGCACCCACAUCGCUUGCAGAGGUCGUCACCGGAAGGCAAGAAGGACAUCUCCACGGCUCCCGCAUUGUUAGCAUCGGUUUUGUGGCGGGAAGGCAUACCGCCGUCGUCUCCGCCGACGAUAGUGGUUUGGCGUUCUACCAUAGUCUUGGCAAGGUCCUAUUUGUCGAGGCUUCGGACACUUUGCGGAUCCUAGGCAAAUACCCUGACGAGGCAGACCCCCUCCACGAACCUUCUGCACCCGGAGUGCCCGUGCACCAUCAAUUCCGCCGUCGAAGAAUACGGAAAGCUCACACCAUCUUGUCGAUGAUGCCCCUUCCGCUAGGUGCAUCCGCUCAUCCGACCGAUGCAUACAACCUGGUCGCGUUGCUGACGCCUAUGAAAUUGGUCGUGGUUGGGCUCAAACCUUCGCCAAAGACCUGGUACAGGCGCCACCGCGAAGCAGACGAUGGUGCGUCCAAGUCGAAGUUCAAGGGCGUCCUGGCGUGGUAUCCGAGUACGCCGAGUGCCGGCGCUCCGCAGGACACACAGACCAACGGCAAGGGCCGUGCAACAAACUCCACAGGGACUCAUCCGAUACUCAUCUAUGGCUGGGGCAACACCUUGAAUCUCGUGCAGGUAUCAGAGUCGAAGAUGGUCCAGGAAGUGCGCAAUCCGAAAAAUAGCAAGGUCUCGCGUGUGGAGAUCGGCCGAGUGGUGUUCGAGGAAGGUAGAAGUUGGACCGUGGGUGGUGAUGCACUCGCUUUACAGUGGCUUAAUCCCAAUCAAGUCAUCGUACUCACCUCCGCCGCACUCGAAGUCUUCGAUAUUAACACCUUCAAGCUCGUUGAGCAUGUCCCAUUCGAUGCUUGGUCUCUAGUGUCUCCAAUCUUAAGUCACACUACCAAUGGCUCAGUGCAAUACUCGGACGCUGUGACAGAGGUGGCACACAGCGUAAGGGUAUACAAGGGCAAAAUCUUCCUGCUGGGUCAGCAUGAAGUUCGCGUUGGGACGCUGCUUACUUGGGCCGAUCGGAUUCUUUCGUUUGUGGAGAACGGCGAUUUCUUAAGCGCCAUCGAAUUGGCUCGGUCAUACUACGUCGGCGAGGCACCCGGGAACAGGAAUGGCCUUCCGGACGAUUCACAAGAACUUCAGCUCGUGGUCGGCGAGAAGAUGCGUGAUCUCAUGGUCGCUUCGGCACGAUACGCUUUCGCUGAAGAGCGUAUGAUGGAUGACACUCAUUUCAGUGCCGAUGGCCGUGGCGUCGAUCGAACGUCGCUAUUUGAGGGACUCGUGACUACCUGUUCCCGUGCUUGCAUCGCCCUAGGCGAAUUCGACCUCCUUUUUGAGGAUCUCUACUCAUACUACGACGACAACGGUAUCUCGCGCAUAUUCUUGACGCAGCUCGAGCCAUUUAUUAUCGAUGGAACCGUCCACCAAGUUCCCCCACGACUAACACAGAGGCUCGUGACGCUUCACGAGGAGAAUGGGCGGCCAGACUUGGCCGAACGGAUUAUCUGGCACAUCGACCCGGAGUGUCUGGAUAUCAAUCAGUCUAUCCAACUCUGUCAAAAAUAUCACCUCUAUGAUGCUCUGCUGUAUGUGUACAUGCGCGCAAUGAAGGACUAUGUGUCUCCGCUUGUCGAGCUCAUAGACCUCAUCCGACAAGUUCAGCGGUACCGUCGGCGACGCGCGGAAGCUUCGCCGAAUUCAAAGGCGCGCUUGAACGAUAGCGAUGUGGAGGACAUUGCAAUCAACGCGUACAAGAUUUACCCCUACCUAGGCAAUGCGUUGGCUGGUCUGGCAUAUCCAAGCGGCGAGCCACUGUCGGAAGACGACGCUGAACAAGCCAAAUACGACUUGUACACAUUCCUCUUCGCCGGGCGAUCUAGCAUGUGGCCUGAUCCAGGUGGCAGACUUAUCCUCACCAAUGAAGACGACACAAACGUCGAACCCACUUACCCCUAUGCUCGCCUUCUUCUGCGUUUCGACGCUGAGGCUUUUCUUCACACUCUUGACCUGGCGUUUGAAGACCACUAUCUCAACGACGAUGAGAAGCACAAUACCAACCGACUCAUCAUCGUGAAAAUACUGCUUGAAAUCCUGUCAUCCCCGGACACCCCACAGAACGACGCGACGUUCAUCAACAUUUUCAUAGCGAGGAAUAUGCCCAAGUACAGCCAAUUUCUCAAGGUGGCGCCGAGUACACUUCACAGCAUUCUCAUCGCCCUGGUACAGGAUCGAGACAGCAGCACGCGGGAAGACCGGCAGCUGGCAGCCGAGUAUCUACUAUCUGCGUAUACGCCCCAUGAGGGAGACCGUCUCGUCCGCAUAUUUGAGCGAGCCGGCUUCUACCGCAUCCUUCGUUCAUGGCAUAGACGUGAACACCAAUGGGUGCCAUUGAUCCAGGCAUACUUGUGGGAUAGUGACAUCCCCCCAGCGGAGAAAUUCAGCUCGCUUGAUGAGGUUUUAUCGACUACGGCAAAAUACAACAAGCAGGAGUUUCCUCCGGAAGUUACUGCGAUUAUCAACGAGUCGCUCCCCUCCUUACUCGACGCCAGCAUCCCGCAAACUGCACUUCUUCUUGACCGACACCUUCCUGCCCUGCAUGAGACGGUGAUAAGCACCCUCGCUGACCGUCCGUCCCGAGAUCGCUUCCUCUAUCUGCGGAGUUUACUGGCAACUUCAGCGCAAGACAGCUUCCAGGAGCUGGGAUUCACUCGUGUUGAGCCCUCUCCCAACACCCUUCCGAGCCUUCGCAAUGAAUACCUCAGGCUGCUAUGCGAGGUCGAGCCCGGCUAUGUCGUCAGCGAGCUUCAUCAUCUGCCUCCCAACUUCAUUGAUCGCAAGGAAGCUGCGCGGAUAUGUGAAGAACAAGGGCUCUACGAUGCUGUCAUCUGGUGCAUGAAUGACGCUGGAGACGCAAAGGGUGCUUUGCACAAGGCCGACCAGUUCGUGGAGAAGCUUUCGGAUACGCUUGUAGAGCUCCUGAAAGCUGGAGACGUCUCCGAACAGAGCAACGAAUGCAUAUCCGCCCUCAAGAACAUCCAACGACGAGCUGUCGGUGUCUGCCUCGAGCAGAGCAAGGGCGCGACGGACCAGCAUAGCGAACUCGAGCAGAACUGGCUCGAACUUCUCCGGAGUCAGAUCACUUGCGUCCAUCGCGUUUCUCUUUCUUGUUCACCACAAGUGAGCUCAGCGAAGACCAUAGAUGAGGGCGACGAUCCGCAACUACGAGCAGAGCGGGCUCUGCUAGACGAGUUGCGUGCCUCUGUCCAUGAGACCUUCAACUCGCUGCUGUCUGUUAGCUCGACUAAGGCUGUGUCAUUCCCACGGCUGUUUAAACGACUCGUGGAUGCCAGGGACAGCCGCGUUACAAAAGGGGCGCAGUACACCGAAUUCCGGGCCAUCUUGGGUGGAAUGUUGGAGUCGUACCGUUCUGAGGGCGACAUGCUGGUGAUCACCAAGCACCUCAUGAGCCGCGAUUUUUUCGUCUUAGUGGAGGAGUUAGCAAAGGCUCGUAGCAAGGGAUGGGCACCCUCACGUGGCAUCUGCUCAACCUGCGGCGAACGAUUGUACGACGCGAGCAAGUCAGCAAAAGCCUUUGCAGUUAGUGGAGAAUCGGAGUCGGUACCGGAAGAUUCUGCUAUUAUCGUAUCACGGACAGGAGUUGUAUACCAUAGGAAAUGCCUACCCAGACAGGACACUACUAAUAGCGUAUAA